AUGGAGUCCAACACGAACACACCAAAUGCUUUCAAAACUCCCCGCAAGCCGGAGAAGAUGAAAAGCCCAGGUAACAAGUUAACUGAGAGCUGCAGUGCUCCAGGGACCCCUGUUACCAUACCAGCUUCUCCGUUCAUGAAGAAGCUAGGCUGUGGGACCGGGGUGAAUGUUUAUCUCAUGAGCAGGAACGGAAAAUUUCACUCACCAUGGGCGAUAAAGAAGAUUAACAGCAAAUGCACGACCAGCCAGAAGAAUAUUUAUCAGAGGCGUUUGUGUAAUGAGGCAAAAAUUUUGAAAGACUUGCAGCACCCCAAUGUUGUGGGCUUCCGUGCGUUUACAACAUCAAAAGACGGUUCCAAAUGUCUGGCUAUGGAAUACGGUGGAGAGCAGUCUCUCAACGACCUGAUCGAGAAGCGGAGAGAGAGCGGACUCCAGGCCUUUCCUGUGGACGUUGUAGAGAAUGUGGCAUUACAUGUCGCCCGCGGAUUAAAGUACCUGCACAACGAGAAAAAACUCUUACAUGGGGACAUGAAGUCUUGCAAUGUUGUCAUAAAGGGCGACUUUGAAACGAUUAAAAUCUGUGAUGUUGGUGUGUCUCUGAGGCUGGAUGAAAAUAUGCAAGUGAGUGAUCCCAAAGCACACUACAUUGGCACAGAGCCGUGGAAACCUAAGGAGGCCCUGGAGGGUGGAGUCAUCACAGACAAAGCUGACAUCUUUGCCUACGGUCUCACCCUGUGGGAGAUGAUGACCUUGUCAGUGCCACACCUGGAGAUGCUGGACAGCGAGUGUGAUGACGACGAUGACUCUUUUGAUGAGGAUGAUUUUGAUGAAGAUGCGUAUUACGAGUGCCUGGGGACACGGCCUGCUUUAGACUCAGACACUCUGGGCGGUGCCUAUCAGAAGAUGGUGGAGCUCUUCUGUCUGUGCACGGAAGAAGAUCCACGGAAACGACCUUCAGCCUCAGACAUAGUUCAGGCCCUGGAGUCUAACUUAUAG